AUUACGCCGCGCCCGUCUUCUUGCCGAGGCGAGGCGCAUUCGGCAUUCCGUGUUUCCAAUCCAUUGCCGCGCCCGCCUCCACGCCGCCGGACUGACGUUUACCGAUGGUUAUUUGAGAGGCCCGGCCGCCUCCACCCGUCGCCGACGCGCGCUAGAGAUGCCAUUCCUGCUCCUGAGGGCUCCCACGGAACGUGUCGCCAUCGACGACGACGACGACUCAGCUGAGCGCGCGGCCUUAUGAUGCCGCGCGUCCUUAUGGCGUCAGACGAGCGCUUGGCCUCGGCCCCCGCAGAAGGGCCACCGGCGCCGGCACCGCCGUCGCCGGAGUCGUCGGCGUCAUCCCCUCCGAAGGCUUCUACGUCGUCUCCUCCGCCACCGGCACCGUCGCCGCCUCAGGCACCGCCCCCGCCGCCGCCGGCAACGAAGGCCCCUUCACCUCCGGCGCCUUCAGGCCACAGCCACAGCCCGACGACGCCGUUCGAGCAAUCUACGGUGAAAACACCACCAGCCGAGUCGGCCGCGUCGCAUCCGCCGGAGACGUCCCCGGCAGCGUCCCCACCUCCCCCAGCUUCGCCACCGCCCUCGCCGCCGCCGACAAGCCGGUCCCCUCCCCCUUCUCCGUCGACAUCGCCUCCGCCUCCGCAGUCUUCGCCGCCGGAGGCUCCUUCGGCGUCGACACCGCCGUCGCCAACAGCAUCGACGCCACCGUCGCAUCAAUCACCGCCGGAGUCGACCACGCCACCGCCCUCGUCAUCCGAGAAGUCCACGCCGGCAACUUCAACCCCUUCACCCUCAACCAAUGCCACGGCGUCUUCCAAACCUCCCGCCGAGGCAGGAACACCGUCGCCACCGCACGAGAAACCGACGCCUGGGACGCCGUCGGUCACCACCGCUCAGGCACCUCCGGUUCCAAGGACUCCGUCCUCAUCCCCGCAAUUCCUGCCACCACCGAUGGCCGUGACAGUGAUCAUGCCGGCCUCCGGAACGCCUGCAGGCACGUGGCAGAGCUCACCUGGUCCCCCCGCGACCGCAUCGCCGCUGGCUCCCCCAGCAAGAGGCUCGGGCGGCAACGUGAAGACCGAAGUGCUCAUCGUGGUCUCCGUGGCCGGGCUCCUCCUGGCAUUGGCCUCUCUGUUCAUCUUCGUGUGCUUCAACAGCCGGGGGAAGAAGCGGCAUGCGCAACCGUCGCGCAAGAGCAACAUCGUCGUGCCGGAACGUGUGGUUUCGCCGGAUGUGUACCAGCUGUCGAACGGUCCAGCGCCGUCGCCGAGCGGGACGAACUCGUACGACUUCUCGGGGUCCAAGUCGUGGUUCACGUACGACGAGCUGGUGCGCAUCACGGGCGGGUUCUCGGCGGGGAACGUGAUCGGCGAGGGCGGCUUCGGGAAGGUGUACAUGGGCGCGCUGGGCGAUGGGCGGCGCGUGGCGGUGAAGCAGCUCAAGGUGGGCAGCGGGCAAGGGGAGAAGGAGUUCCGCGCCGAGGUGGACAUCAUCAGCCGCAUCCACCACCGGCACCUCGUCACGCUCGUCAGCUACUGCGUCACCGAGAACCACCGCCUCCUCGUCUACGAGUUCGUGCCCAACAAGACGCUCGAGCACCACCUGCAUGGAAAAGGACUUCUAGUGAUGGAUUGGCCGAAGCGGAUGAAGAUUGCGAUCGGAUCGGCGCGUGGAUUGACCUACCUGCACGAAGACUGCCAUCCUAGGAUCAUACACAGGGACAUCAAGUCGGCCAACAUUCUUCUGGACGACGCAUUCGACGCAAAGGUUGCAGAUUUCGGGCUUGCUAAACUGACCAACGAUUCGCUGACACAUAUCUCGACGCGCGUGAUGGGCACAUUCGGGUAUAUGGCACCAGAGUACGCAUCAAGCGGGAAGUUGACCGACAGGUCUGACGUGUUCUCGUUCGGGGUGGUGCUCCUGGAGCUCAUCACUGGGCGGAAGCCCGUGGACGCUUCUCAACCCCUGGGAGAAGAAAGCUUAGUUGAAUGGGCUCGGCUUCUCCUAGUGGACGCCCUGGAGACGAACGACUACAGGGAGAUCGCUGACCCUGCACUGGAGGGCAGAUAUUCCAAGACCGAGAUGCGAAGGAUGGUGGAGGCGGCCGCCGCUUGCGUGCGCCACUCUGCCGCCAAGAGACCCAGGAUGGUGCAGGUGUGGCGAUCGCUGGACGUGGACGGGAGCUCGUCGGACCUGACCAACGGCGUGAAGCUGGGGCAUAGCACGGCGUACGACUCCAGCCAGUACUCGGCGGACAUCGAGCUCUUCCGGCGGAUGGCGUUCGCGAACGACCUCUCCACCGCCGAGUCCGGCUUCUCAGACGAGGAUGACCACCACGGCAGCACAAGUGAGCAGCAGCUACGUACACCACGGGGUAUAUGUCCGUCAAGCUAAACGACUCGGUCGCCGACCGAACCGUGCCCGAAAGCUGCACCCCUCGCCGGCCGUUGCGCACAGCGGCUGCACGAGUGGGUUGCACGGAAACACAAGAGCAAAGCUGAAGCUGGUGCGUGGCGGCGGUCGUGCCGCGCUGCAGCUCGUGCGCUCGGGUCUGGGGGAGGCGGCUUUGUCGAGCUAGCUCGGUGUUUGUGUUA